AUGGACACUCCCACCGCAGACAUCGACGAGAGAUUACACAAGCUCAGCAUGGGCCUAGCCACGCCCACACUCUCUAAGCUCCCUUCAGACAAUGAUACGGAAGCAUAUCGUGCAGUGCUAAGGGAUCUCGAGAGACUCAGAACCAGCACCACCAUCACCAGCACCAACGGCAACAGCCUUCUUUCCCCUUUUGAAGAGUGUCCAUAUCGUUCCAACCCCGAAGAGUAUCUCCGUGACAUAGAAGCUAUCAAUCGCAGUCUCGACAACGUCAAAGUCCCGCUCGAUAUCGGCCAAAUGCAGCUCGAGCACUCGGCGACAAUGGCCAACCUAAUCAGGGCUACCACCGCCGCCCUAAACGGCGACGACAACAGCUUCUUCUUCUUCAACGACAACAACAACACAAUCACAAUCACCAACACCGACACCAACACCGACAUCGACAACCCCCUUCCCCAGGCUCUCCUGAAGGCACUAGAGCCCAUCUCCUUCUACCGCUCCCACCGCCAACGCCACAACAACAUCCUCUACGGCCUAGGCGUGCUCCGCUGCCGUGAUCCCGAAAUCGGUAACUUGAGACUUACGCCCAGCACUUCUUACAUCUACGAUUCGUCCGCGUCCAGCAUUUUCAUCGAUCACCCGUUACGCAUCAGCGAUAUUGAGGCGUCGUUUCAGAUGGGUGUAAGUACUCCUAUCGGUACCCCUAUCGGUGCUUCUACCUCUGCUCAGCCUACUGGUACUGGUACAGGCUCAAAAAAGCUGGCGCAGUUCAAGGCGGCACUUGAGGGGAUGUUAAAUAUGACUAGACAACAUGCUGCGCGCGGUGUGGAGGAGGCGAGGGAGGAUGUGGGUCCACUGGAGGAGGUGUUGGGGAAGUGGAACGGGAUGAUUGGCGAGUACUUGGGGAGUAGCUUCACGGAUAAGUAUGAAAUGGAAGAAAGAUGGCAGCCUUUUUUUAGGAGAUGA